UCAGAGUGACUUGUCUCGAAGUUCGGAGGUCUCGUAAGCACAAUAUGUGUUGACUGACGAAACAACUCGACUUACUGGAAUUUUGUAAAUCGAUCCUUUCAUGGGGUCGUUCAUACAUAUUACUUGGAUACGUUUGCCUACAAUAACUAAUGCGGUUUUGUUCGGGACCAACCUGAUCUUGACUAAGAACUGGGCACCGAAGAGACUCAACGGAAAUAUUCUCCUCCGCUCCAAGCACUCACUGGGUUCUCACAUCAUCCACCUGAUUGACUUCAAGACGCUCCACCGACAGUAUAUUUCAUGGAUUGCAAAGACGCUGUCAAGGUUCGUAAUGUUCCGGUUGCCCCUCCUUAGUUGCGAAACCUAUCCCAGACGGACAAGGCCGGCGAACCCCACCCAUAACAUUGAUGUCUUUUGAUGUCUCUCCCAUAAAAGUACUCAUUGGCAGAAUAGUCAUAAAUAUACCGCAAUCUUCAACAGCGAACAGCCUUCAUGAUCCUGAAUUGAACUUCAGUAUGGCACUGAUGACGUUAUGUCAAGGGCAAGCACUCGCCUCGGGAU